UCCAGUCGGACAGUUGAGGGGAACCGACCGUAAGCGUGUUGUGUACAGCGCACAUGCUGUGUUUGAUAAUUCUAACGUUAACAGUAUUUUCACGGUUAACGCGCGUCACUGACGGUUGUUUGUGUUUUAAUACGCGCUCUUUCAUCACUGGCCCGCCGCCAUGAAGAUUAAGCGGCAGAAACAAGCCAAGAAGACGAUCAGUUUCUACAAAUACAACUUCGGCUUCAGGGAACCCUUCCAAAUCCUCAUCGAUGGAACUUUCUGUCAAGCGGCCUUGAAGAACAAGAUUCAGAUCAAAGAGCAGAUGCCCAAAUACCUAAUGGGAGAGGUGCAGUUGUGCACCACCAGCUGUGCGCUGAAGGAGCUCGAGACGCUUGGAAAACAGCUGUACGGGGCCAAGAUCAUCCUGCAGAGGUUUCAGGUCAGGAAGUGUCCGCAUUUCAAGGAGCCGGUCUCAGCAUCAGAGUGUCUGCUGUCCAUGCUGGAAGAGACCAACUCGCACCACUACUUCGUUGCCACACAGGACCACACAGUCACCACGGGGCUGAAGAAAAUUCCAGGAGUUCCUCUGCUUUACAUCAUCCUCAACACCAUUGUGCUGGACAAGCCAAGCCAGGCGUCCCUCAACCACGUCCAGGCCGUCCAGCUGGGAGAGCUGAUCAGCCCGGCCCAGCAACAGAGUAUCCGAACCCUGAAGGAGGAGCAGGGAAUUGGCCAGAAGGACGGAGAAAGGCGUGGGAAGAAGAGGAAGAGGAAACAGUCCAACCCCAACCCGCUGAGCUGCCUGAAGAAAAAGAAGAAAGGAGUCCCGACACCUCCGCUGAAGAAGACAGAGCAGGAGGGGAAGAGGAAGAGAAGCCGAUACAAGAAACGAAAAGUGGAGGCAGGAGAUGGCACAGCUGCACCAGCAGCUGCUAAUACAUAAAACAGCAGGAAGACAGAGACUUCAACCUUCUCC